AUGCCACGCUUCUGGCGCAACAUCGUCGUGUACAGAGGACACGAGUGGCUUGAUCUGGCACUCUCGCGCUGUGCUGGUGCCCCGGCGGAUGUCACUUUACGCAGCCCGCAUCUAUCAAGCGACAUUUUUACGUCCAUACUUCCUCAGUACUCUCGCAGCCUACGUUCGGUCGACGCCCAGGACCUCAGCCCAUCUGCGAAAUUGCUGCUCCUCGACUUCCUCAAAAGCACGCCCAUGCCUAUUCUGCGGUCAUUGACGAUCGUUGUAGGUCCUCGUUAUCGCGAGAUACACCUCAAUGCGACAUCUCUUCCCAAUCUCCGCAGGUUAUCCCUUACCGGCUUCGUGAUCUCUCGCGGCAACGACCUUUACUCACAGCUCCGCAACUUAACCCUCACCGGAUGCAGCUGGUCUAUAUCUCUAGGUGCAUUUCUCGAUGUCCUCGAGGCCUCAUCGCAUCUGCAAAGUCUCGUAGCUAAUCGCUGCUCUUUCCCCCUUUUUUCGGCCACUGCGGCACCACCGAGCCGCCGUCAUGCGGUAGCGAUGCCCCACCUGCGUGUGCUCACGCUCUCCGGCCUACCCUCGUCGACGGUCGCAUGCUUGCUAUCCUUUUUGCGCCUUCGGAAGAAGAUUGCCGUCAAGCUCGUGGGUGCCGUAGAACCCGAGCAGACAAACGCUGCGGCGCUCGUCGACCUUCUUCCAGACGACCCAUGGAUCGCGGUCCCCGUUAUUCAAACCAUCACAUCCGUCACAGUCCGCCCUGGAGCCUUCAUUCGCACAUACGGCCUAUACGCUUCAGGCGUGGAUGGGCGCGCGCUUGAGCUAUACGCCUCCUACACCGAAGACCGGAAGAUCGUCCCCCGCGUCUUCCGCGCCCUGCCCCUGCUCUUCGCGGACGCGCCCGUCUCAAAGCUCGCCGUCGACGGCGGGCUCGAGUACCUCGCCGAAGUUGACUGGGUGGGCGUCUUUAAGACCUUCCAUCAUCUGGAGCACAUCGUCAUUGGCGGGGCCGGCGGGCUUUCGACGAUGUUUCGUGGACUGCGCCGCGCGUCGGAGGAGACGGGUGCCCCUCAGGCUGCCCAGGCUGCCGCGCUCUGCUGCGCGCGACUGUCAGUCAUCGAGACGGACGCGAAGAACCCAAAGAUGCCGGCGGCCGACUGCGUGUUUGACUCAAUGCUCGCCGCGCUGCGCGUGCGCGCGGAGCAAGGCCUGCGCUUGGAGCGGGUAUACCUGGGGCUUAUCCACGACGCGCACGAUCAUUACCGGAAGAACGAGACGUUGUACGGGGAGAGGCUGCGCGCGCUGGUGUCGUGCGUGGAGUACGUUAGUACCGGCAUUGAGUGUCGCGCGUAG